AUGUCUGAUAAGAAUAUAACAUCCAUGCAACUCGUUAGCCCUUUGAAUUUUAGCUGCGUGCAGCCCAAACUAUAUCGCGGAUCAUACCCCAGGCCGAUUAAUCUACCGUUCCUCAGGACUUUGCAGUUAGAAUAUAUUGUAUCACUAACACCAGAACCAAUAACCAAUGACCCGAUUCUGAAGAAUUUCUGCGAGGCACAGGGCAUAGAGGUAUUCCAUAUACCCUGUAAUAUCGACAAGGUCUCGAAGGGCAAGCCAAAGAUCAAGAGAAAGAAGAAACAGGUUCCAAUAGAGUACGAUGUGGUAGUGAAGUGUGCGCAGUUUCUAAUAAACAAAAAUCACUAUCCCUGCUACAUACAUUGUUCUAACGGUCAGCUGGUGACCUCUUUGGUUAUAGCCUGUCUUCGGAAGCUGUCAUACUGGAGUACCGUGUCGAUAUUCAACGAGUACCUGACCUACAUGUCUAGCAUCAAUAUCCAUGAGAGGGAAUUUAUAGAGAGCUUUAAUUCGGAAAUUGAGAUUAGCGGAUUAGAUAUGACGGAGAAGGUGCCCUGGAUACUAGCAAGCAAUAUGAAAUCGAACUCGGAAAAUGAUCUGCUUCCAAGCCUGAGAUUCCAUAGUAUAUAG